CCCGGGGGCUGAGACAGAGCCACCAGCCCCAGCUCCUGGAUGUGCACCAAUGAUGCUGCUGCUGCUCCUGCUCUCCACGGUCUUUAUCCCACUUCAUAAUGCUCGGGUCAUCGGGGGCCAGGAACCCCCACUUGGCUCCAGACCCUACAUGGCCUAUGUGCAAAUCGGGUCAACGGGAAGCUGUGGAGGGUUCCUGAUCCAGGAGGAUGUGGUGGUGACGGCAGCUCAUUGUAACUGCAACCUGGGAAACAUCUAUGUCUACCUGGGAGUCCAGGACUUCAUGAAGCCGGGACAGAACUGGCAACGGAUCCGGGCCCGUCGCUGGAUCCAGCACCCCGACUUCAACAAUGAGAACUUUCACAAUGACAUCAUGCUGCUCAAGCUGUGGCACAGUGUGGAGCUGAACGAAUGGGUGGGGCUUGUCCCCCUGCCGGAGGCUGAUCACCUCGUCAGCCCAGGCUCCGAGUGCAGCGUGGCCGGGUGGGGUCGGACCGGACUGAACACCACCACUGACAAGCUGCAGGAGGCAGAGCAGGAGGUGGUGUCGGAUGGCCUGUGCAGAGAGCGGUACCGUCAUUAUGACCCUAUCACCAUGCUCUGCGCCGGCAGCCCCCACACCAAGAAAUCAGCCUUCCAGGGCGAUUCCGGCGGGCCCCUGGUGUGCGACGGGAUGGUCCAGGGCAUCAUCUCCAAUGGAGAUCCAGAUGGGCGACCCCCCAGCGUAUACACGAGAAUCUCCAAAUUCAUUCCCUGGAUCAACGAAACUCUGCAGAAGCUGAGUUAAAGGAGACACCACCCUUUAAAGGGCCAAUUUGGCCAUACUGGGCAAUGUGCCUGUGUGGAAUCCCCAGGUGCUUUAGAUCAGAGUAUUUCUUUCUAGUGAUAGAGAAAUUCUUCGAGUGGCUCAGUCCUGAAAUCCUUUUGUGGCUAGAAAUACCCCAUCGAUGUUUGAAAUUUUGUUAUAUUGUCUCCCCAAGUGUCUAGUCAAUGUUUGGGACCCUACGCGUGUUCCGGUUGGGAGCAGAAAUUGACAAUGGAGUCUGGUAUUUCCUGUGAUGUGAUCUAAUUUACAAGGAACAUCCAAAGUCCUGUUUCCCUGAACACAGUCAGAAUCAAACAGCAGCAGACAGCAACUCUGUUCUGUGUACAGAGCCUGCCUUUCCAGCCAAGACUGUGUGCCCAAAAUGGUGCUCUUAGCUUUUUCUCAGGGUCUGUCAUAACUAUAAAGGGAAGGGCAACAGCUCUCCUGUGUACAAUACUAUAAAAUCCCUCCUGGCCAGAGACUCCAAAAUCCUUUUACCUGUAAAGGGUUAAGAAGCUCAGGUAACCUGGCUGACACCUGACCCAAAGGACCAAUAAGGGGACAAGAUACUUUCAAAUCUUGGUGGGGGGAAGGAAGGCUUUUGUUUGUGCUUUUUGUUUUGGUGGUUGUUCGCUCUUGGGACUAAGAGGGACCAGACAUUUGCUAGGGUGUUUACCUCUGUUUGCUGUAACUUUGAACCUAAGGCUAGAGAGGGGUCCUCUGGGCUCUUUAAGUUUGAUUACCCUGUAGAGUUAUUUUCCAUCCUGAUUUUACAGAGAUGAUUUUUACCUUUUCCUUUAAUUAAAAGCCUUCUUUUUAAGAACCUGAUUGAUUUCCCCUGUUUUUUAGAUCCAAGGGGGUUGGAUCUUGAUCCACCAGGAGUUGGUGGGAGAGAGGAGGGGGGGGUGG